AUGGCUAGUUCUUACACAGUUGCAAGUUCAUCAAAUGGAUUCAAAUUGAAUUCGAUGAAUUUACGUGAUGCAGAUUCAGGAAAAUUGCUUUGGCAAUCUGACGAUGAUCUAUCGAAACCGGGCACUGAACAUGAAGCACGAGUACCUAAAUCAAUACUUCGAUGUCGCGCGGUGUCACGAGAAAUCAAUUUUUCAUCCAAAAAUGCAAUGAAAGAUUUCCGUUUAGAACAACGUGUCUAUUUCAAACAUGUUAUUAUCGAAGAAUGGGCAUUUUCCUUCGGAUUUGUCAUACCUGAAUCGACAAACACUUGGCAAUCGUUAAUUGAAGGAGCAGAGAAUAAUAUGAUACCAGCUAAUCUACUCAAUGGAAAUGUGGUGAUCGAAACAAAAUUCUACGAUGGAGAUGCGGAAAUACAAUCAUCACGUGUUCGUCUAUUAUACGUUUAA